CCAUGCGAUGAGUUGUUGGUUGGCAACACUGGUCGUAUGUCAGAGCACGUUUAAUUUUUGAAAAGAGGUUAUUCUACUGGGAUUUCAAAUUAUAUUUAAAAAUGAAUGAAUUUGUAUUAAAUGAUAGUGAAACAGACGUUGACUCCGAUGAAGAGUUACAAGAAGCUUUUGCAAAAGGUAUUCUUAAACCUGGCCUAAAUGAAGAAAUAGAGAAAACUGUUAAAACUUAUGUCAAUAAUGUUGCGGAAUUGAAGGCUAAGUUAAAAGAAAUCGAAUUAAAAUUGCCAUGGAUAGAGAAAUUAGAUUUGAUAACAACAGUCGCACCAAUGGCACCAGAUGUAGCUCUCCAGAUUGAAGAAACAGCUCAGAGAAGAAAAAAUGUAAAGGAAAAUUCGAAAGGAAAUCAGAAAUAUGACCCAACACAGGAUCCCAUACUGAAUGAAUUUAAGAGAGAGAAUCUUAUUCAUCGGCAAGCGCAAGCCGCCGUUAUUGAUGGCAUCAAACGGUUAAAGGAUCUUAAUGUACCUACUAGAAGACCAGAUGACUUCUUUGCGGAGAUGGCCAAAUCAGAUGAGCAUAUGCAAAAGGUUCGUAAGAACUUAAUGGCCAAGCAAGCGGCGCAAGCUCGCACAGAGAAGGUGCGUCAGCUCAGGGAACAGAAGAAGAUUGCCAAGAAAGUGCAGAUUGACACAAAACUAAAACAAGCAGCUGAUAAGAAACAUAUGCUAGAGCAAUUAAAAAGAGUUAGAAAAGGAAAAUCUACUGAUUUAGAUUUCUUAGAAGAUAAUAAAGGUAAAGGUAACAAUAAAGCGAACAGCAAAGAUCCUAGAGCCAAAGUGUCAAAGAAACGAGCAAUGAAAGACAAGAAAUUUGGCUUCGGAGGUAAAAAGAAAGGAUCUAAACUCAAUACACGCGAUUCUACAAAUCAAAUGGACGACUUCAACAGCUCGGCAAAGAAGAAACCUUUUAAUUUUAAGACUAAGAAUUUCAAACCUAAUAAUAAGAAAAAUCAAAGACCUGGCAAAUCAAAGCGACGCAAUGCCAAGAGAUAA